AUGACCCGCGCUCAGCAGACCAUCUCUCUUGCGCUCCUCGUGAGCUCGCUCUACCUCGCUCUCUUCCUCCAGCUCAUCCCGAUCCCCGCCAAGAUUCAGAACGAUGUUGUCCCCGUUCUGCCCUUCUGGGCCCUGAUCUCCUUCGGCUCCUACCUCCUCGCCAAGCUCGGAUACAAUGUUAUGACCUUCAACGAUGUCCCCGAGGCGCACAAGGAACUCAUGGCCGAGAUCGAGGAGGCCGUCGUCGACCUGCGGAAGCUUGGUGUCGAUGUGGACUAA